AUGGUGAAAUCGGCUUCGUCCCCUUCUUCCUCCCCGGUGACCAUCACGGUCUCAUCGGGAGGGAAAGGAGGAGGGAUCAGAAGCAUGGGCUUAACCAGUCCAGUUCCGCGAGCUUCGGUUUCAAACAGCCAGAAUUCUCCUCUCAGCAGCCGAGGAAACCGACGGCUUUCGAGCGGUGGAAAGUACUGUUCGAUGUCGAAGGAGGAAACCACCUCCACCACGGAGGAACUGAACUCCGACUUUGUGAGUUACACCGUGCAUAUACCACCUACUCCUGAUCACCAGCCCAUGUCAGCUUCUCAGACUAGUCUCCCCGAGGACUGUAAGAGUGCCGGAAAGCCUGAGAGGAGCUUCAUCUCGGGUACUCUAUUCACAGGAGGGUACAAUUCGGUCACUAGAGGACAUGUUAUUGAUUGCUCAAUGGAAGGGACGGAUCCAGCAUUGAAAUCGGGACUAAUUUGUGGGAUGAAGGGUUGUGAUGAGAAGGCGAUUCAAGGGAUGAAAACGAGGAGGGGUUUAUGCGAAUGCGGGUUCAAGAUUUGCAGGGAUUGUUACUUGGAUUGUGUUGGAAGUGGAGGAGGGAGGUGCCCUGGGUGCAAAGACUCUUAUAAGGAAGUUAGUGAUGAUGAUGAAGACGAAGAUGAUGAUGAUGAACCUAGGUCGGAAGCAGAGGACCAAGCCUUGCCAUUGCCUUCUAUGGCAGAGUUUAAGCUGGAUAAGCGACUUUCGGUCGUGAAAUCAUUUAAGGCACAACAAAACCAUCCGCCAGAUUUUGAUCACACCCGGUGGCUAUUCGAGACUAAAGGGACGUAUGGGUAUGGGAAUGCGCUGUGGCCUAAAGAUGGGUAUGGGGUUGGGUCUGGGACUAACGAGUUUGAACACCCUCCGGAUUUUGGAGAGAGAAGCAGGAGGCCUUUGACAAGAAAAGUGAAGGUUUCUGCAGCCAUUCUCAGUCCAUAUAGAUUACUUAUUCUGCUACGUCUUGUCGCCCUCGGUUUUUUUCUUACUUGGAGGAUUCGACACCCAAAUCGCGAUGCAAUGUGGUUGUGGGGAAUGUCCACAGUUUGUGAGACUUGGUUUGCUUUUUCGUGGCUUCUAGAUCAGCUCCCUAAGCUCUGCCCUGUAAACAGAGUUACUGACCUCUCUGUUCUUAAAGAGCGGUUCGAAUCUCCAAACCUGCGCAACCCGAAAGGGCGGUCCGACCUUCCGGGGAUUGAUGUGUUUGUUUCCACGGCAGACGCAGAAAAAGAACCCCCUCUUGUCACUGCGAACACCAUUCUUUCGAUCCUCGCCGUUGAUUAUCCGGUGGAAAAGCUCGCGUGUUACUUGUCCGAUGAUGGCGGCUCUCUUUUGACAUUUGAAGCUCUUGCCGAGACUGCCAGCUUUGCGAGAAUUUGGGUUCCUUUUUGUCGGAAACAUGGGAUAGAACCAAGGAAUCCUGAGGCAUAUUUUGGGCAGAAGCGCGAUUUUCUUAAGAACAAAGUACGGCUUGAUUUCGUAAGGGAGAGGAGGCGGGUGAAGAGAGAGUAUGAUGAAUUCAAAGUAAGGAUCAAUUCCUUACCAGAGUCUAUACGACGAAGAUCUGAUGCUUACAAUGCGCACGAAGAGCUGCGAGCAAAGAAGAAACAGAUGGAAAUGGGGGGAAGUCUCUCUGAACCUGUUAAGUUUCCUAAGGCUACUUGGAUGUCAGAUGGUUCUCAUUGGCCUGGAACAUGGACUUCAGGAGAGAUGGACCACUCAAGAGGGGAUCAUGCUGGUAUUAUUCAGGCAAUGCUAGCUCCACCCAAUGUAGAAUCGGUUUAUGGUGCAGAAGCAGAUGCGGAGAAUUUGAUUGACACAACAGAAGUUGACAUUAGAUUGCCAAUGCUGGCGUACGUGUCUCGAGAGAAGAGGCCAGGCUAUGAUCACAACAAGAAAGCUGGAGCCAUGAAUGCACUUGUGCGAACCAGUGCAAUCAUGUCAAAUGGCCCAUUCAUUCUUAAUCUCGACUGUGAUCACUACAUAUACAACUCCUUGGCUCUUAGGGAAGGAAUGUGCUUUAUGCUGGACAGGGGCGGUGACAGGAUCUGUUAUGUUCAAUUCCCACAAAGGUUUGAGGGUAUUGAUCCGAAUGACCGGUAUGCAAAUCAUAAUACGGUUUUCUUUGAUGUGAGUAUGAGAGCUCUGGAUGGGCUACAGGGUCCAAUGUAUGUAGGGACAGGCUGCAUUUUCAGAAGAACUGCACUCUAUGGGUUUAGUCCUCCCAGAACCACAGAACACCAUGGAUGGUUUGGUAGGAGGAAAAUUAAGUUGUUUCUGAGAAGAUCAAAGGUGGGAAAGAAGGAAGAGAAUGAAGAGGUAAUUUUGCCAAUCAAUGAUGAUCAUAAUGAUGAUGAUGCAGAUAUCGAGUCCUUGCUUCUUCCGAGGAGGUUUGGUAACUCUAAUUCUCUGACUGCAUCUAUCCCAGUAGCAGAAUACCAAGGAAGGUUGCUUCAAGAUUUACAAGGAAAUGGUUACCGAGGCAGACCUGCUGGUUCUCUUGCCGUUCCUCGUGAGCCUUUAGAUGCUGCCACUGUGGCAGAGGCGAUAAGUGUUAUUUCUUGCUUCUAUGAGGAUAAAACUGAGUGGGGCAAAAGAGUAGGAUGGAUAUACGGUUCUGUAACAGAAGAUGUGGUAACUGGUUAUAGAAUGCACAACAGAGGGUGGAGAUCAAUAUACUGCGUCACCAAAAGGGAUGCAUUCCGAGGGACCGCUCCAAUUAAUCUGACAGACAGGCUUCACCAAGUACUUCGAUGGGCAACAGGGUCCGUUGAGAUUUUCUUCUCAAGGAACAAUGCACUGUUUGCAAGCUGCCGAAUGAAAUUCUUGCAAAGGGUUGCAUAUUUCAACGUGGGAAUGUACCCUUUCACAUCUUUGUUUCUCAUAGUCUAUUGCUUUUUGCCUGCAGCUUCUCUCUUUUCUGGGCAGUUCAUAGUCCAAUCCCUCAGUGUGACCUUCCUGGUGUUCUUGUUGGCCAUCACCAUCACCUUGUGCAUGCUUGCAAUUCUUGAAAUUAAAUGGUCAGGUAUUAAUCUCCAUGAUUGGUGGCGAAAUGAACAGUUUUGGUUGAUCGGUGGAACAAGUGCCCAUCCUGCUGCUGUGAUACAAGGAUUACUGAAGGUUAUAGCAGGAGUUGACAUCUCUUUUACAUUGACCUCUAAGUCUGGCACUCCAGAUGAUGGAGAUGAUGAAUUUGCAGAUCUAUAUGAGGUUAAAUGGAGCUUCUUAAUGAUUCCUCCAAUCACAAUCAUUAUGGUGAACAUGAUUGCAAUCGCUGUUGGAGUAGCAAGGACAAUGUACAGCCUGUUCCCUCAGUGGAGCAAGCUCCUCGGAGGGGUGUUCUUCAGCUUCUGGGUGUUGUGCCAUCUCUACCCAUUUGCCAAGGGGUUGAUGGGAAGGAGGGGAAGGGUUCCGACCAUUGUCUUUGUCUGGUCAGGAUUGGUCUCAAUCAUUCUUUCCUUGCUUUGGGUGUAUAUUAGCCCUCCUUCUGGUAAGCAAGAUUACAUGAAGUUUCAGUUCCCUUGAAUGUCCUGGGCAGCUGUAAAUGCAGGCAGCCACAGGCAACAGAAAUGAAGUUCCUCCAGCUUCAUAUUGUAGUUACGUUUUGUUAUUUUCUGCUUCAUUCACAUUGAAUUUACUUGGCUUGUACUCUGAACUAUAUAUUUCUGAUUGGACCAAGCAUGGCACCCCAUGCUCGGAUAUGUUGCACCACUAGUAUAGUCGAUUGUUCGUACUUUUCUGGUCUGGAUUGAACAGAAAUGAAGUUCCUGAGCUUCAUGUUGUA